AUGAAGCUCAUCAAUGGAGGUUUCCCAGAAGAUUUCAUUCUCAUGGGAUUUACCAAAUAUCCAUGGCUGGAUCUUCCUCUCUUCUUUGUCCUCCUGACCUCCUACACGUUCACGUUGCUGGGAAACAUUGCUAUUAUUCUGGUCUCUCAGCUGGAUUCCCAGCUCCAAAGCCCCAUGUAUUUCUUCCUUACCAGCCUUUCAUUUUUGGAUCUUUGUUUCACCACCACAACGGUCCCUCAAAUGCUAUUUAAUUUACAGGGACCCAACAAGAACAUCACUUACAUAGGCUGCAUGGCCCAGGCCUAUGUGUUCCAUUGGCUAGGCUGUACAGAAUGUGUUCUGCUUGGCAUCAUGGCCUUAGAUCGCUAUGUGGCUGUGUGCAAGCCUCUGAGGUACUCUGUUAUCAUGGACCACAGGUUCUGUCUGCAGCUGUCAAGCACUGCUUGGCUCACUGGCCUAGCCAAUUCACUACUACAGUCUACACUCACCAUACAGUUGCCCCUGUGUGGGAAUCAGAUGCUGGACCACUUCUUCUGUGAGCUGCCUGGGCUUAUUAAGAUGUCUUGUGGGAACACCACAGUCAAUGAGAUUACUUUAUCAGUGGUGGCCACAUUCUUGAUAAUGGGUCCCCUUUCCAUGAUACUUGUGUCUUAUAGUUACAUUGCCCAAACUGUAUUUCGAAUUCCUUCUGCAGCUGGGAGACUUAAAGCUUUCAACACUUGCUCAUCUCACUUGCUGGUAGUGUCUUUAUUUUAUGGGCCAGGUAUCUACAUCUAUAUGCAACCCUCAGAGGAUGGCUCCCAAGACCUCAUCAAGGUUUUGACUUUGUUUUACUGUGUCAUUACUCCCAUGGCUAAUCCAUUCAUCUACACUCUGAGGAACAAAGAUGUCAUAGGAGCUAUGAGGAGACUUCUGAGGAAGGCCAUUUCAACUAAGGGGAUAUGA